AUGGACGAAGCAUCGAAUAGUCCAUCUACAGAUCAUUGCUGUGCUCUCAUAUUCUGUCACGAACUGUUCUAUCAUAAUUACGAGGAACCGCGAGUUGGAGUCGAAAAAGAUUGCAAUAGAUUAAAAUCUCUGCUGCAAAUGUUUAAAUUUAAGGUAAAGAUUUAUAAAGAUCAAACAGUGAACAAAAUAUUGGAUACAUUAGAAAAAGUCUCAAAAAUGGAUCAUUCCGAUAAAGAUUGUCUUCUAAUUGUUGUAUUGACCCAUGGUAAUUCAGGCGUACUUAGUGCAUUCGACAAGCAAUAUGAUAUCAUCGAUCUCUGGAAUCCAUUUUCAGAAAAUAAUUGUCCUUCUUUAAGAGGAAAACCUAAACUAUUCUUUGUACAAGCCUGCCGUGGUAAAAAGGUUGAUUCUGGUACCGAGUUACAGUCCCAGGAAGAUACGCAAUUUAAAAAACAAUUAUCAUCAAUGAACAGUAUACCGGAUGGAAAUUAUUCCGAAAACAGUUCGAAGGAACAUGAAGCGUUUAAUACACCAGAUGAACAAGAUUUCUUGAUAGGAUACUCUACUGUACCAGAUUACAUUUCGUAUAAAACAUUGAGUGGAUCCUGGUACAUUGAAGAAAUUUGCUCGAUAUUUCGAAGAUAUGGAAAAAAUUACGAUCUAUUAACUUUACUAACUUUUGUCUCUCAACGUGUCGCUCUAAAUCAUGUGUCUUGCAAAUCAAUAGAUCCUAAAUAUGAGGACAAAAAGCAAGCUCCGUGUAUUGUAAGUACAUUAACUAAGCUAUUGUAUUUUUUCCCUGAAGAAGCUGAAGAAAUACCAAAGGAUUUGGAAUUGGAACCGAAGAAAUUAUCUUCGAAAAAUAAUAAAAAAGAUUUGAUGGCAUUACAUCUAUUUUAA